AUGAACGCCAUCCUCCGCAUGCUGUCCGAUGCCGACGAGGGCGCCGUGGACCACUUCAUCCGGGCGUGGAUGAAGCAGGUGCGCGAGCUCGCCUACGACGCCGAGGACUGCGUACACCUCUACAUCUUCCGCAUCCGGUGCCGGCCAAGAGACCGCUUCCUCGUCUGGUCCAAGCGUGUCCUCGCGACGCUCUUCCCUCGCCGCCGGCUGGCCCGUGAGAUCCAGGAGCUCCGCGCUCGUGCAGUCGUCAUCAGCGAGCGCCACGCGCGUUACGGCGUCAGCCGUGAGGCGCUACUGCGAUGCACUACUUCUUCUUUAGCCGCUCCCACGCCCGUGCCCCGCCAUGCGCUCGGCCUGCCGGCAGCAAACGACCCCGACCAUCUCGUCGGCAUCACGGCGCAGGCUGAUAAACUGACCAACAUGGUGAAGGCAGUUGGUGGGAAUCUCAAGGUGUUAUCCAUCGUGGGAUUUGGCGGGCUCGGGAAGACUACACUGGCGAUAGAGGUGUGCCGGAAGCUGGAGGAGGAGUUCCCACACCAAGCGCAAGUGUCUGUGUCUCAGGCGUUCGGCGGCACAAAGGAUUUCGAGGGUUUGCUGAAGCGCGUGCUUCUGCAGAUUGUGAAGCCGAAGGCAGAUAAUGCCCAAGGCAUGAAGAUAGAGGAACCUCUAGAUAGCGUGGACAACAAGGAUGAAGGCGCCCUCACCAGGAUGCUCCACGAGCUUCUCAAGGACAAGAGGUACCUUAUUGUAGUCGAUGAUGUAUGGACAGCAGCCACAUGGGAUGCAAUCAGAUUCAAGUUACCAGAGAAUGAAAACGGCAGCAGGGUAAUUGUGACCACUAGGAUACAGACUGUUGCCGAAGCAUGCAGUGUUGAUGGAGAUCUCAUUCAUCAGAUGAAGUGCCUUGACUUUGAUGAAUCCAAAAAGUUGUUCCUCAGCAGAGCAUUUGGUUCAGAGGACGCCACUUUGCACGAUGAUCUGAGAAGUGAAAUGAACAAAAUCUUAAAAAAAUGUGGUGGGCUACCAAUGGCCAUUAUUAGCAUCGCGAACCUCUUGGCCAGCUACAAAUCAUCGGAGAGCAAAGAUAUGUGGGAAAGAGUUUGCAAGUCAAUUGGUUCUCAAAUGGAGAACAACCCUACUCUUGAGGGCAUGAGGCAAAUAGUUACUCUCAGCUAUAACCACCUGCACUAUUAUCUCAAGGGUUGCAUGAUGUACCUCAGCAUUUUCCCAGAGGAUUAUGUAAUCGUCAAGAAACGGCUGUUGAAGAGAUGGAUUGCAGAAGGACUGGUUGCUGAGAUCCGGGGUUUGACAUUAAUGGAGACUGCAGAAGCCUACUACGACGAGUUGGUGAGUAGGAACAUGAUUGGUCGGGCCGAUGAUAUUGUCACCUGGUGGGAUGGGACCGUGGAGACGUGUCGAGUACAUGACAUAGUACUUGAGGUCAUGCUGUCCAAAUCCCUGGAGGCUAACUUUGUUAGCCUAAUAGGUGGCCCGUAUGAAGGGAUGUCGUAUGGUAGCAUGCGCCGCCUGUCCAUCCAUGGCGGAAAAGAGGUAGCGCCUGUGGACUCGCCAUCUAACAAAAUUGCAGCAUCACAUGGUAAGAAGAAUGCAAUCGAGGGGAUGGACAUGGAGCAUGUCCGAUCAUUGAGCAUGUUUGGCCCUGAAGAUCAAAAGAAGGUGCUUGACCGUUUGUGCAAGUUCACCCUGCUCAGGGUACUUGACUUGGAAGACUGCAUGGCCAUAGAAAACAAACAUUUGAGAGAUGUCUGCCGGAUGUACCUGCUGAAGCUCUUGAAUUUGAAAGGCACAAGUAUCAGUCAUAUGCCUCCGGAAGUCGGUGACCUGGAGAAUUUGGAGACCCUUGAUGUUCGUGGGACGCAACUUGAAGAUCUACCGGAAACGGUGACAAAACUAGAGAAACUAGAACACCUGCAAAUCAACAAGAAGGCCGACAUUUACUUCAGCUGUUGGAAAGCAAGAAAGGGCCUGGGUAGGAUGAAGGCACUACGGACGCUGAAUGUAGUAGUUUUCGAUAGUGAUGCUGAUGCCGCCGAAGAGCUCGGUGAACUACAACAAUUGGGAGAGUUGCGCAUGAAAGUGGAAACUGAUCCCCUUCAUCUGGAUGUUAGGCAAAAGCUUGCCAAGUCCCUGAGCAAGAUAUAUUCCCUGCGGUGGCUGAAUGUUACCGACCAUGUUAGGGACGGUCAAUAUUUGGACUUUAUACAUGACAUCAACCCACCGCCGCGGCUCCUCAGGUAUCUUAGGAUCGGCUCCGGCAUUAGCAAAUUGCCUGAGUGGAUCCGGUCACUGAAUUAUCUUACAGAGCUUUUCCUUUCUUGGACAUACUUGGAUGGUGACAAACUGUUUGGCCCAGUAUGUAAGCUGCCAAAUCUGUGGCACAUACACCUGGAGGCUUGCUACUACGUGGGUAGAGAACUAGUUGCAGAAACUGCCCACGACUUUCCAGCGCUCAAGUAUCUGUACCUGAACUUUGAUAUUGAAGGUAUGGAAGUUCUCAGAUUUGAGGAAAAAUCAAUGUCAAAGCUCGAGAAACUCCAGGUGAGGUUUCUACACAGAGAAUCUAAGAUAAUCCAAGGCAUGGAGAAUUUGACAAGCCUUAAAGAUGUGGUGCUCGAAGGAAACAAAGACAACCCUGCAUUGGACGGUGCAGUGGAGCAAUUAAAGACAAUGAAUACGAAGCGCCAUGAAUCCAAUCAUAUCAAGGUUCUAGUUAAAUACGAGACCGUGCAGUGGCUCGGUGUGUAG